ACCACGAAACUAAACCCCAGAUUUUAUUAGCGAACUCUUAAUUUGUGUAGGGAGGAGAGGCAUUUAAUAAUGUCGACCAACUAUGGUUACCUCUACAAUAUUGCGGGAUGGGGCGACCCUUACUUCGCCGUUAACUCUAGCGGCAACGUCUCCGUUAAGAUUCACGGCGUCGAGACCAACCCCACGCAGGAGAUUGACCUCCUCGCCGCGGUGAAGAAAGCGAUAACUACGAAGAAUCUCCAGUUCCCGCUAAUACUCCGCUUCCCCGACGUGCUCAAGCACCGUUUGGACGCGCUCAAUGUUGCGUUUGCGAAUGCCAUUAAGUAUACGGGCUACACCUCCCACUAUCAAGGGGUGUUCCCCGUGAAGGUGAAUCAGAACAAGCACGUGGUGGACGACCUGGUCAAAUUUGGGAAGCACUACAGCUUCGGGCUGGAGGCCGGGUCGAAGCCGGAGCUCCUCCUCGCCAUGCACAGCCUUAUCAACGGAAGCCCGAAGGCAUACCUGGUGUGCAACGGCUACAAGGACAUGGACUACGUCUCCCUCGCCCUCGUGGCGCGCUCUAUCAAUUUCAACACAAUCAUCGUGCUCGAGUUGGAGGACGAGGUCGACACGGUGGUGAGGGCGAGCCAAGCGCUCGGCGUGCGCCCCGUGCUCGGUAUCCGUGCGAGGCUGCUCACCACCAACCCGGGCCACUUCGGGUCCACCUCGGGCAAGCACGGCAAAUUCGGGCUCUUGGAGGCGCAAAUCUAUGCCGUUGCAGAGAAGCUAAAAGAACUCAACAUGCUUGACUGCCUCAAGCUACUGCACUUCCACAUCGGGUCGCAAAUCCCGACCACAUCCAUCAUCAGCAGUGCAGUGCGCGAGGCUACCGGGUACUACUGCAACCUGGUGAAUAUAGGGGCACCAAUGGGCACCCUCGACAUCGGCGGGGGGCUCGGGAUCGACUACGACGGGACGCGGUCGGGGUCCUCGGACAUGUCGGUGGCGUACGGCUUUGAAGAGUAUGCAUCUGCUGUGGUGCAGGCGGCAAGGCUCGUGAGCGACCAGAAUGGUGUGGCGCAUCCGGUGCUGUGCAGCGAGAGCGGCCGCGCCCUCGUGUCCCACCACUCGAUCCUGAUAUACGAUGCACUGUCGGCCGUGGAGGAACCCAGCGACUCGGUCACAUCCGCCGAAUUAAUCAGCCGCCUCGACGAGCUGGUCGGAAACCCGACGACGCUUCAUGCUAACCUCAAAUCUGCCAUCCAAUCACAGGACGGCAGCAACAACACUUCCUUAACACACGCAGACCAGCUCAAGAAGCACGGGGUCGAGAUCUUCAAGCUCAGCAGGCGUCUGGCGAAGCAGCUGGAGGCGGCCGAGGAGACGACCUACGCGUACCACAUGAACCUGUCGGUCUUCUCGCUCACGCCGGACUUCUGGGGGAUCAAGCAACUGUUCCCGAUCCUGCCGAUACACCAGCUGAAUGAGAAGCCGACGCAGAAGGGCAGGCUCAUCGACCUCACGUGCGACAGCGACGGGAAGGUCGACCAGUUCAUCGGCGGGGCCCAGACUCUCCCCCUCCACGCCUUAGAACAAAGCGGCAGCAGCGGGUACUAUAUCGGUACGUUCCUGGCGGGAGCGUACCAGGAGUCACUGGGGAGCAGGCACAAUUUGUUCGGUGGGCCGAAUUUGGUUCGGGUGGAGAGUACCUAUAGUUUGGGAGGCACCUUUCGUGUGGUGGUGGUGGGGGCCGGGCCCAAUGCAGCGGAUCAGCUGAAAGUGAUGCACCACGACCCCGUUGAGAUGUUGCACGCGAUCGCCGAGCGGGCGAAAGAGGCCGGGCACUGGACCCCAACGGCGCUGCAGCUCCUGAAAAGGGUGUUCUACACCAUGCCUUACCUCUUCGGUGAAGCUUAGCCGCGUUGGUCGAUCGACGUUAUGCAUUGAUCUACAGUGCAUAUAUAUAUAACUCAUGUUAGUAUGUUACGUACCUGGUCUUUAGCGUGCUAAAAUAAAGUGGCCUUGUUAUA